AUGGGCAGUAUCCCAGCACCUGCAUUUGGUAAUCACUCACACAACUCAUUCGGAAGCUUUGGCAACUUGUUGUCGACCAACAGGAAUCACUUGGACUUUAUAAUACUGUCAGAGUUUAGUGAACAGACUGGCCCCGUGCCACUACAUGUCAUCCCCGACCAUCUGCCAUUGUACGAUGGCUUUGACAUCUCAAAGUACGUCGUCAAGAUCAUGUCGGUCGACUUCCAGAACAAGACGAAUGACCUGCGCACCUAUGCCAAGGACGCCCACAUGUACUUCACGUUGACCACCACCAACAGCGCAUACGAGCUCUACGCCUACGUCCACCACUUCUCUCUCUACGACAUCCAUGCUCGUGGCUACGUCCGUCCCUUUGUAAUAAGUUACCUAACACGUGACUCCAACAAGAUCAUCAAGUUCUUUGACAAGUUUGUCACAAAGUUCACCAAUGUUGUCAACUUCCUCAAGAUGGUUAACCAUCAAUCAUUCGAGAUUGAGUUUAGACAGAGAGUCAGAGACCUUGACUACACCCUGGAACAUUAUGGCGCGAUCAGGACCAAUGGCGCUGACCCACAGGACACUGUUUCCGUCGGCCUUGUCAACGAAGCAAUUCUCAAAGUCAAGGACAUUGAGAAGCAUAUUAAUGCAGCUUCGGAUGCAAGGUCAGAACUUAGAUCGAUAGAGACUAUGUUUGAUACAGAGAGAAUGAAUAGACAGACAGAUGCAGAGGCUAGGAGGAUGACAAUGGCCAAUGGUAAUGUGGAUGGUAGUCUGUCCGAUCGUAGAAGGACAAUGGAUGGUCAAUCAAAGAGAUCAGCAGCAGCAGGUGGCAAGAGAGGUACACUUCCAAACUGUAUAGAUGGUCCAAACUUUGGUUACAUUUACAUCAGUGAUACGCCCGCUACCAUCAGUGGUGAGGCCAAGAUACUUGACUCACUUCAAAAGACAUCACACCUUGACCGCGCACUGCGCACCAUCCAAGAGCUCUGCUCAUUGGACAUCUUGGACAAGUUCCUAAGCAAGCUCGAGAAGUGCCAUAACUACUUUGUCAGAUCAUCAAUCCAGGCAGAGUUUGAUCACAUCGAUGCACAAUCAUUGUACCCUUCAAGCACAUUGUUAUCCAUCGGCCAGACAUCGAUACUUAACUUCUUCUACAGUGAGACAGAGAGGAGACAUCAAUACACAAAGUCACAAAAGAGAGAUAUCAAGGCCAGACAGGCCUAUCGAUCAGGUAAAACCCAAGCACAAUCUAUCGACUCAUUGUCUGGAUCCGAGUCCAGCUCCUAUCUCUCUGUCUACUCAUCUGGUUCAAUGAAUGAUUACUUUGCCGACAUGUCAUUAUCACCUCCAGAUGAGAGCUACCUUAGACAACUAUACAAUAACAACAACAAUAACAAUAACAACAAUAACAACAGCAACAACAACUCAAAUAUGUCACCUCCAUUGAGUAAUCAAUCAACACCUCCAACAACAUCAACCUUUGUAACACCAGCUCAACAACUCUCACCGAUAGUGAUGAGUCAGCAAGCCCAACAGCAACAACAACAACAGACAACUACACCAUCAGAUUUCAAGUUGGAGAGUUUCUCCAACUUCCUUUGGGGCAACAGCAGACGACCAGAGUAUGGUAAGGGUCUGCUCAAGUUUGCACAAAAGUACGUGUGGAUGAAGCAUGCCAUCUACUCGCUGCUGAAAGGACGCACUGUGGUCAUUGUCGGCAGUCCGGACAAGAACCUCAGCAUCCUCUCAAUGGUCUAUUCAUUGAGCAUCUUUGUCGUGUGCUGCUACUCCAAGUGCAACAAGAAGGAGCCCAUCGAGCUGUACCGCAAGGAGCCUCUGACCCUCUCAGACCUCUCAUGGCUCAAACUAGUUGGCAUACCCAAGAUGACACCUAACUUUAAGAUUCCAACCAAUGUCAUGUGUUACGUGAGCAAGAUUGACCUAGACACUGAAGAGUAUACAGGCCCACUAUAUCAGUCGACUGGAGGCAUCAUUGAGGAGAUGCUUGGUCUGAAGAAGCAGUGGAAUGACAAUGAGAGUGUGUACACUAGUCACAUUCAGUACAUGUUCUUUGAGUUGGCAAUGAAGAGCUUCAUCUACUAUCAUGCAUGUUGUGCGCAUCAUCAUCAUGCUCCACGCGCUGGCGACCCAUCUCUCUCAUUCUCCACUUCAGAGCUACCAUCGCCCAAUGCCAUUGGUAUCAACAACACCAAUCUAGUGUCAUUCAACACAUCGAUGCCAGUUUCCAAGUCACCGCACUCGGUGCCACCUCCAAGACUGACACGUCGAUCACAUUCUGAAUCCCAACUGAUCGCCACGAUGGCUGACAAUGGACAACAAUCGACACCCACCAAGCAGCAGCAACAACCUCAACAACAUGUUUUAGACGAUGGGCCACAAGAGCAGACGAUGCCACAGACAAUCGCCAUCAUAGAGGAUCAUGUUGGCCAUCAACAGAUCGACCAGACACAUCAGCACAGACACCACCAGCGACCUCAUUCGCGACAUCUUGAGAGGCAACUGCAAGCAAUAUGUAAUACUACAACUACUGCAAGGAACAUCGAAGCCAAGAACUUGUUCAAGCGAUGGGAGCUGAGCCACUGCGACCAGACCAUCGUUGAGCAUCUUACCGAGAUCAUCAAAGAACAACAGUACUAUGAAUGGUACACACCAAGAGGCCAUCGCGAGGUCAUCCUGGCGCCGGUCAUCAAGUUGGACUUCUCUACUGUGGCCACUGUAAAGAAUAAACGAUAG